AUGUCGUCGUCCCAACCUCUUUUCGCCAACAUGACGGCGGCUGAGAUGGAGCAGGCCAUCAAAGAGACGCAACAAGGCUGUUACCCUUACACUUCUUUACUCACUCCGAGUUAUGACUACGUGCCCUCUUUCGCUGCAGGCAUCACAUUUUGCGUUCUGUUUGGCAUUCCAUUCUUCUAUCACACGUUCCGGUCAAUCCAAUUGCGAAAAGCAACGUCUAUACUGUUCGCAUUGGGAGCACUCACCGAGUUGAUAGGUUGGGCCUCCAGGACUUGGGCCGCGAAAUGCCCCUACAACAGAGACGCCUUCCUCUCUCAGAUAGUCACCCUCAUCAUCGCCCCCGUAUUCUUCAGCGCUGCGCUCUACGUCCUCCUGGGCAAGCUCAUCAGCGACAUGGGCCGUGCCUCGUCCAUCCUGUCACCGAAGUGGUACGCCAUCGUCUUUUGCACAUGCGAUGUCGUAUCCCUGAUCAUCCAGGCUGCCGGAGGCGCAAUGGCAUCCAUGGCCGACACAGACGAGGAGCAGGAUCGUGGUACACAUAUUAUGGAGGGCGGUAUUGUUUUUCAGCUCGCUACCAUGACACUUUUCGGCGUCCUCAUGGGCGACUUUGCUCGACGCAUCAUGAGCAGGCGAACCGGGCUCCGUGACUCUGUCACGCCUAGUCUGAAGCUGAUCCUCGUUGCGAUGCUGGUUAGCUUCGUGAUGAUCUACAUCAGGAGCAUCUACCGGACGAUCGAGCUCGCCCAGGGCUGGAGGGGCUACCUGAUCACGCACGAGGCGUACUUCAUCGCCCUGGACGCUGCCACUAUGGUCAUUGCCGUGGCUGUGUUCAUCCCCAUCGACCCUGCUGUCAUGUGGUUCGCUCGAAAGUAUGCCCCGGCUAAGCAGAGCAUGAGUGCUGAGGCCUCGGAUAUCGAGGUUGCCAUGGCUCCCGCCCCGUACAACCCGCAUGCAAGCUAUGGCCAGGCUGCAGCAAGGUAUUAA